GAAAUUCGUUGCAAGGCUUCCGGACAAGGGUAAGAAGAUCUCCGAGUUUGCAGAGAAGCUGAAGCUUGCCAUUUUACAAGAAGAAGAAUUAGCAAGGACAGCCGAGCUGUUGUCUGCUGUUAGGCUGGAGUUUCAGGUGAAACAGGAUGAGAUGAAUACAAGCAAACAGCAAGUUGUGCUGAAUGAGAACAGACUAAGCCAUGAAGAUUCCACAGUCUUUAAUGAAAACUCUAAUACUAGAGAAGUUUCUGAGAUUUCUUCCCGCAUGCAGGAGGCUGAAUGUAUUGCACAAGAUGCCACAGGUACAGCUCUGGAAAAUCAAAGGACUCGGAGGAAAAAUGAUGAAGUAAAGACUGUUACAAAAGAUCAGGAUCUGCUUUGUGAAGUUGUCUCCAAGUUGGGCACAAGCAGUCAUCUGAACAAUGGUCAGCAGGUAUCCCAGAGCAAAUCUGAGGAUGGUACAGAAAGUGCAGGUGCUUUGGACAACAGUAAAGACGAGUUGGUUGAUGCUUUUCAAAAAGUUACAAUUGUAGGUGGGGAUGAUAGUGAAAAAGUAUUGGAAAAAGAGCAGGAUGUGGCUCCACAUAAGGGGAAUAUCUUUGGAAGCCAGCACCCUAAGACUCCACAUUAUAUUGAAGUUCUAGAGUCUAGAGCCAAGAACCCAGUCCCCCAAAAAAGCAAAUUUAAAACAAAUGUAUUAUCAGGAGAGCAGAAUGGGUCGUUGCGUGGUUCCUCACCCAGUCAGUCACCUGGGGCAUCUGGGUCUCCAAUUACUACUGAAGAAAGACGACUUAGAGAUAAGAAGCAUUUAAAUGAGAUCACAGCAGCUCGGCUGCCCCCACUUCACCAUUCUCCUACUAAGCUAUUAUCCAUAGAGGAAUCCAUAGCAAUCCAGAUACAGCAAAAAGCAGCUUAUGAGGAAAUGCAAGCCAAGCUUGCAGCACAGAAGCUUGCAGAGAGAUUGAAUAUAAAAAUGCUCAGGUUUGAACCAGAGGGGGUUUUGCAAUACAGAGACGUAAGAGAUGAAGAUUAUUCUUCAGCAGAGGACUGAAUUCAAGAAGGGAUGUCUGUGGAUGAGCCACGUAACUGAUCUUUAUGCAGUACUUCUUAAAACCCAGACCUGGAUAUUGAGAGUGCUUUAUCUAGUAAUUUUUUUCUUUAAAUGUUAACAUUACAGCGAUGGGCAGGUGUCA